CAUUGCAUCUGCAAGGGCUUUCAAAGCCUUUUUUGUGAAUAAAUCCUGUAAAUAGCGACAACAAAUGUAUUCAUGUGAUGGUUGACGUGGCACAAGAUGCAAAGAUACUACUGAAAAAUCCGAAUUUUCGUGAGGACGACAACGAGUGUAUAAUGUCAUCAAGAGACGAGCAAAAUUCUUGGUCUCAUGAUCAUCAGGAUACUUUUGAGAUUGACGAUGAAGAAGAUGUUGCACUCGCGAAAAAGGGAGGGCCAGCAGUAGUUGUUACUUCUGACGAGACAAACGAGAUACAACGGACAACGGAUCGCAUUGCAAGCACAAUCGACGGAUAUGAGGAUGAAUUUUACGAUGAAGACGGUCGAUUGUACGACAACUCGAACACGGAUCGUGUCUCAUGGCUUGGAAACGACGAUGAAAUAGCUGAAAUGGAUUUUCAUACGAUGAUAGGACAGCAAAAUUGGUUAAGUACUCGUGUGGCAUCCGAUGAGGUCAUUUACCAAUCGAAAAAACCAAAAUGUAAGAUGGUUGGGAAAUAUGUGUUUGGCGAUUUACUCGGAGAAGGCAGUUACGGGAAAGUUAAGGAGCUCUUGGAUUCGGAUACACUUCGUCGGAGGGCUGUGAAAAUAUUGACAAAAAAGAAAUUGCGACGAAUCCCAAACGGAGAGCAGAACGUAGCACGUGAAAUUCAGUUACUUCGCUUAUUGAAACACAAGAAUGUCGUCGAGUUAAUUGACGUGCUGUACAACGAGGAAAAACAAAAAAUGUAUCUUAUAAUGGAUUACUGUGUUGGAGGAUUGCAAGAGAUGUUAGAUUCAGUGCCCGAAAAAAAAUUUCCCUUCUUUCAAGCACACAACUAUUUUUUGCAGUUGUUAGAUGGCUUAGAAUAUUUGCAUGGGCGUGGAAUUAUUCAUAAAGACAUUAAACCGGGAAACUUGCUCCUAACACUCGAUCAAACAUUGAAAAUUUCGGAUUUUGGAGUUGCAGAGGCUCUCAGCAUGUUUUCCGAAAACGAUGAAAUAACUACGGGUCAAGGUUCGCCUGCAUUUCAACCUCCUGAAAUCGCAAAUGGGCAUGAUAAAUUUCCCGGAUUCAAGGUAGACAUUUGGAGUUCGGGCGUGACACUUUACAAUAUCACUACAGGAUUAUAUCCAUACGAGGGGAAUAACAUUUAUAGACUGCUCGAGAGCAUUGGGAAAUGUGAAUGGAAGCCCCCUGAAUGGUUGGAAUCAAAUUUGGCAGAUUUACUUGUAAAUAUGUUGCAAGAAAAGCCCGAAGAUCGUUUUACAAUACCACAAAUACGAAAUCAUGCAUGGUGUCGUCUAAAAAUUGAAGAAGAUUCUUUGCCCGUGCCAAUUCCGCCGCUCAAAGGUGAUAAAUUACGUAGUUCAACCGUUUUGCCUUAUCUGCAAUCGUAUCAUUACGAUACAAGUCGCGAUACAAUGACGAAUGUUUAUCUUACAGAACAUGAAUUGAAUGAGCUUGAUCCUCAUCAAGCAUCCGCACAAUUAACCAUUACGAGUAGUAAUAGUGCCCCAAACUCAAGUAUACAUUUACAAAAAACGACAAACAAUAGCAAUAACGUUUCUGCAGCAAAUCCGAAUUCUGUUGCGGGCGCAUCAUCAACCAGUCAUAAAAAUAAUACAAAUAGUUCUAAAAAACGACAUAGAAAACCGCUUUCUUGUAUUUCAGUUAAAAAGUUAUCGCAUUGUCGGCAAUCUUGAACAAUGUUUAAUGCUAUGCCAUUGUUAAGCAUAAGUAACUUUUAGAGAAACAUAAAAAUGUGAGUAAUCUCGUCAAAAACUUGAGAAAAGGUACCUUAAUUAGUGAUGAAAACCCAAUGAAAGAAAUAAUAUUAUAUGUGCAAGAAAAAAAAAUCCCUAAAGACGGAUCCAUUUGUUUUUUUUUAUUAAUACCUAUUUAUAAAAAAAGAUAUAAAUAUGAAAACAAACUAUUUAAGUAGGUUAUUGGCUUUUUAGAGACUUUGAAAUCCGAGAGGGAACUUUUUUGGGAUAUAAUUUAAGUUUUUUUUAUUGAUAACAUGUACAAACUUGCCGCCGUACUUCAGAAACAUAAAGAUAAAACUAUAUAUUGAACAUCCAGUUGAACAUUUGAAAGGAAAUUGAAAUUGUUCCAAACUAUAUAUAAAAAAAAAAUAUCACAAUAAUACUAAAAGAAAUUGAAAAAAAAAAUGAAUAAAUGAAUG